AUGGCUCUAUCGGAUAAUGAAGGUGACACUAUCGACAUUAAAAAGGGUCUCAACCUCGCUCUAGAUGACAUUCAGCCCUCAGGAUCGUUUAUGACGAGUGCGAAUAUUCAUACUGCCAUCAAUCCUGGCCUCUACAUUCCAGAUGUGGGGAAUAUUGGGCUUCCUAUAUCAGCUGAACAUGCGAAGGCAAUAAUCCAGUCCUGCCAUCUGAGCCCCUACGGAAAGGGUACUGAGACCCUGGUAGACGAAUCAGUACGGAAAAGUUGGCAACUCGACGCAAGCCAGUUUGCUCUUCAGAACCCAAGAUGGCAACACCAGGUUGAACUAUUCAUGGACAAAGCUGUAACUGGUCUUGGCCUUACGGCAGAUUGGCGGGAGGUUAAGGCGGAGUUAUACAAAUUACUUAUCUACCAGGAGGGCGCAUUCUUUCUGCCACACCGAGAUUCUGAGAAAGCCGAUGGUAUGUUCGGCACGCUCGCUGUAUGUCUCCCAUCGAAACACGAAGGAGGGGAUGUGAUCGUCUCUCAUAGGGAUGAUUGCCUCACGUUUCAAACAGCACCAACCUCUGAUUUUGGGAUGUCAUGGGCUGCUUGGUAUGCAGAUGUCACUCACGAGGUGAAGCCUGUUACAUCCGGAUAUAGGAUUGUCCUGAUUUACAACUUGAUACAUCGACCGUCAGCCGCUCUACUGGAACCUCAUGGCGCUAGUAAAGAGAAUAUUACUCGUCUGCUUCAAUCUUGGGCAUGUGCCGCUGAAAUCGACAGCAUGCAAUAUUUAGAUGGUUGGGAUAAUGACAUCAAUAGCUCUUGCCCACAAGCACUCAUCUAUGUUCUUGAGCACCAGUAUACCAGUGCGGAGCUUCGCUUUUCUCGGCUGAAAGGGGUUGACCAGUGUCGCUUUGCAGGACUCCGGGAUGCAUGCCAAAGGGCCGGCUUCGAUCUCUUCCUGGCUAACAUUGAGAAAAAGGACAUAGGUGAAGUUGAUGGUUAUGAGGACUAUUACGGCGACUUCUAUGGCCGGGGACGUAACGGCAUUCACCGUAUUGCAGAUCUAAUUGAGACCAGUCUUGAGAUGUCGCAUGUGGUGGACUCAGGAGGUGUUAUUGUUGGAAGGAAUCUAUCAUUCCCCGGCCUGCUACUCAUGCAAAAUGGUGUUUUCGACCGCGAUCCCGAUAAGGAAGACUUUCAAGGCUUCACAGGCAAUGAGGGGGCUUCGGCAACCCACUUUUACCACGAGACGGGCGCACUGAUAAUCCCAAGAAGGUUUCGCUUUUUGUUUACAAUCCACCAGUUGAAAAAUGGCCAGGGCGAUGCUUUAAAGGUCCUGGAAGACUGUCACUGUGCCGUGUUAGAACAACCCAAUGACAUGCAGGCGAAGCAAAAGCUCUUACAAGUCUGCAGGGCGAUUUCUCCAGUGAAUAACUUGUUCGACCUGGGUGCCAGGCCACAAGAAGGGCAAGAUAAGGUUUUGCAGAUCGCUCUUGAGCUUUCUGACGUGGAUGUAUUCUGUCGGGCUAUGGAGUGGCUUUACAGUUAUCUCACAACCGGGAUCGACGCUAUUUACUCCUCCCUGCAGAAGCUCAUCCAGAAGGAAAAGUCUAGUGGAAGCCAAUACAAGACCUCGUUUUCUCAAAAAAUAGAAUUGCUUUAUAGGUUGAUUGAACAGUAUUGUGGUGACGAUGUUUCUGAGGUAUUCACUGCUCAUAGUGGAGGCACAGAAUCAGAUGGCCAUGAUCUGGCAAGAGAAAUAAGUGAUUUCCCCUCAAACAGGGCGCUCUCAAGGAUCGUGCCCUUCUUGGAAACCAAAUUGGAUAACACGGCUUUUCUUGUGGCAUUCCUUACGUCGGCUCAUGACUACUCGCUUGCUGGGAAGUUUGACAAGGCCAACGCAGAUGUAGAACUUAAAGCGCUCUUCUCCAAGAUUGUGGCAUCUUUCAAGAUUGAAAGCGCGACAAGCUCACAUCCUAAUCAAAGCUCAUACAGAAGAGUUUACAACUACGAUUUAUCAAACACUACUUCGAGGAUCUCCCCGAGUCUGGUAGUUAAGUUGAUUCAGUUUGCUGAUGCUACAGGCAAUGACAGCACGGGCGUAAUCAACACCCUUACUGAACAUGCCUUGGAUGUCAAGGAAGAGACAGAGAGUGCUUUUCAUGACUUUCUAUUCCCAGUAGCGAACGGCAUUUGCGCACACAUAGAUAUGACAAACCGUUCUUCUACAGCCAGCGAACGACGAUUCAUCAAACAUAUGUUGGCCAGAUAUGUGCGUGACUACGUCUCAGAGGCCCCUCCGUCGCCACCACCGGACUGGAAAAAGAGGACGACCAUACGAUGCAUCUGCCCCAACUGUGCCUCUCUGCGCACGUUCAUCGAUGACACGUCCAGCACAACAAAGGAUUUCUCGCUGGGAGACAAGUGCAGGCAGCAUUUGGACCAGCAAAUUGAUAAAGCAUUUUUCACCACAACUACAGUUAGAGCCAACCCGCCCAAGCUGCGAGUUGAAAAAACACAGGCUUUGCUUGUUUCCGACUACAAAGCCUGGGUCACACGAGCACAAACCGCGAACUCCAUGCUGGACGAGUUAUCUCAAAAGGGCUGCCUGAAGGAGAUACUUGGAAAUCAAUAUGAUUGUAUCUUUUCCCACCAAAAUCUCUUACUUCCCGAUGAUCUACCUGCAUUUCCAGUACCUCGUGGUCGCAUGAACACGGUUCAACGCACUGUGCCGGCCAAGCGUCCGUUCGGGCGAUGA